GACAGACACAGAAGAGAAACGAAAUCACGAUGUUUGAGCUUCAUUGGAUGUUUUAAGAUCUGCUAGGCAUUUUAGCCUUUGAUAUUUUUUUAUGUAGUUGAAGACGCAAAAGAAUAUUUUCUUGAAGGAUGAAAAAACAAUUUCUAAGAGUCAAGCAAAUUGCUGAUCAAACCUUUCUUAGAGCUGAGAAAACUGAGGUUCUUCCUGAAGAUUUGGUGAUUGCAGAAAAACGAGUGGAAACUAUACGAGUAUCAUGUCAAACAACCCAGAAAAAGAUAACUUCUUGUAAUAUAGAUUUUGGAAAUGAAACAUCUCUUGAAAAACGUUUGAAAAAAAUUCCUCAGAUUACCCUUGGUGCAUCCAUGUUAGAGAAUGGCAAUAAUUUCUCAAAAAACUCUGUUCUAGGUGAUACGUUACGAGAAUGUGCAAAUGUCCAAACUAAGCUUGGUAAUGAGCUGUUGGAAUAUUAUAAUGAAGUUGAAAAGGCUGUAUUGAAACCCAUUUCUGGUGUUUUAGAUAAUGAAAUACAUAACAUUAAUAAAUUGCGCAAGCAGUUGGGAAAAUUGGUGUUGGAUAUGGAUUCAGCAAGAACAAGAUUCCAGACGGCUGAAAGGCAUAGUUUGCAAACUUCUUCGAAUUCAAGUGUCAAUGCUAUGGUUAAAGUUGAUACUUUAAAGGAUGAAUUAGAAGAUGCUUCACAAAAAGUUGAUCAGUGCAGGGAUGCAUUAGCCACCGAAAUGUUUUCAUUAAUCAGCAAAGAACCUCAGUUAGCCCAUCUGUUUGUUCAUUUUCAUCAGCUGCAAGCAAAUUAUCAUAGAAAUGCAUUAGCUGUAUUAGAAGCUUCUCUUCCUCAACUGGAAAAUCAUAUAUCUGAUUUUUCUCAGAAACCUGUUUAUGGGUGUUCCUUAGAAGAGCAUUUAAGAGUUACAAAUAGAGAAAUUGCUCAGGUUAUAGAAACAUGUGUCUUAUUUCUUCUUGAGUAUGGUGUUUUGGAAGAAGGAUUAUUUCGUAUAGCAGGAAGUGCAUCUAAACUUAAAAAAUUAAAGAGUGCCUUUGAUGCUGGAGUGGAAAUUGAUAUGACUGAGUUCCUUAGAGAUCCUCAUGCUGUUUCAGGUGCUUUAAAAUCAUAUUUAAGAGAACUUCCUGAACCUCUCAUGACAUUUUCCUUGUAUGAUGAAUGGAUUAAUGCUGCAAAAAUACAAGAAUUUGAUUCAAGAUUGCAAGCAUUAUGGCAAGUCCUACAUAAACUACCAGAUGCUAAUUUUAAGAAUUUACAGUAUCUUAUAAAAUUUUUAUCCAAGCUGCAUGAAAAUGUAGAUGUGAACAAAAUGUCUUCACAGAAUAUUGCCAUUGUUAUUGCUCCAAAUUUAAUAUGGCCACCUUCUGAAGAAACAUCUGCUACUUUUGGAAUGAAUAUGUCUGCUGCAAGUUUACAUACAACUGUUGUUGAUAUGUUGAUUUCAUAUGCUGAUUGGUUUUUUCCAGGUAAUGAAAUACCAGUGUCUUCAAAAAUGUCUCCAGGAAUUUCCAAUUUAAAUGAAAGUGCUGAAAAUUUGGAGGAUUCAUUUGGAACUGAAGGUGAAAUAAAUGGAAAUACACUGCAAGUAAUUAAUAAUGCAGGGAAUGAAUCAAGUACUUCGUGUAGUCCCCGAACCCUUCACAAAGCAAUAAAGAAACCAGCAGCACCUCCACCUCCAGCUCAGAAGUCUGUAAACUGUGAUAAAAGUCUAAGUGAAGAUAUCAUUCCCACUGGUGAAUUAAUAGAUUUAUCAGGAGAAGAUGAUGCAAAAAUUAGUGACUUGGUUGAGAAACAGUCUAUUCCUUCCAAAGAAAAAACAGAUAAAAGUGCAUUUAGUACUGUUGUGUGUGGGAAAUCUAAUGAAAACAUUACAAUUAAUGAUCAGGUUUCUGUUAAAUUUGAGAAACCUGUCAUUCCAGACAAACCUUUAUAUUCUUCAUGUUCACUUGAUCGCAGAAAGCAGCGACAGCUAUCAACUAAAAUGAGCAGUGAUAAAAUGAUGGAAGUUAUGUCUCGCAGUCAUAUCGAGAGGCCUACAGUGCCCCCUCCAGAGCGGCCUGCUAAGCCUCCAAAAUAUUCCUCCAGUUCAGAGAACUUAUCAGUGACUGAUAUAAGAAAUAAUCCUAGAAAAGGUAGUGGGGAUGAAGAUAAUUCUUCAUUGUCCCCUAAAUCCGCCCAGUUAUCUCCUAGUGCAAGCUGUACUGACAACCAGGAUGAUAGCAAUUUAGUUCCUACUUCAAGUACAGUCAAAACUGACCAUAGUCAGACUCCUUUGCAGCAUUCAAGAUCCUCUUCCAAAGUUAAUCGAUUUGAUUUUUUGAUAAAUCAAAAUAUUGAUAAACCACCUGAACGGCCUCCUAGAUCUGUAGGCCCCAACCCAGAAAAUUCUGAAAAACUGCCAGUUACUCAUGAUGCUAAUCUCAAAUCUGAUGUUUCACAGCCUAUACCUACUAUCAUUUCUAUGAAAGUGACAUCAUCUGAAACUGCUCCUUCUCUUGUUCCACCUGUAAGCCCACGUGCUGUUGAUGCUGAAAAAGCAAAACCACCUAGACCUCAACCACCUGCUAAGCCCAAACUGAAUGCUGCAAAUGAAAAUACCAGCUUAUAAGGUGCUGUAUACGAUUUCUUGAUGCAAAAUAUGUGGACUUUCAAGUUAUGCUAGUCACAUAACCGUAUUUUUAUACUUAAUUUAAGGCUUAUUAAGUUUCUUGUAAAAUAUUAUAAAUUUUUUCACAUAAAAGAAUGAUUUUGUUGACUAUCCUGAUUAUUAUAUCUUACAUAAUAUCAUUGAAUAAUAUGUUUUAAAGUAAUCUGUUUGCUUGCCUGUGGCUUAAGCAGUUACGUAAUUUCUUAUUUAAGUGAAAAGCAAAAUAUAAUGCAAUUAUAUUAUCCUGUUAUUUUAAAGAAACUGGAAUCAAACUGUGUGAAAAAAAGGGGGGAUGUGUAAAAUGUGGCUAUCCUUUUAUACUUAUUGAUUUCAUUACAUUCAGAAAUUAAGAGAUGAAUUUUUUUUUUCUAUGUGAUUGGGAAUUUUAUUAAAAACCUAUAGAUUUCAGCAUUUCUCAAUAAUGAACUUGUAAUGUAACUUAAAACAUCUUUUAAAAAUCAAAUAUUUCUGUCAAAAUUCAUAACAACAAGAUUUAUCUCAUUACUAAAUACUAAAGAUUUCAUUCUAGCAGUAGAAAAGCAUUCUAAGGUAGUUAUUUUAGAAACACAAGAAAUGGAAUCCAAUAAUAAAUAACAUAAGAAAUGGAACAAUAAUGCCUUUGUAUCUACAGAUAAUAAAUAAUAUACACUAAAUAUAGCCCCUUGUUGUAAUAUAUUAAAAAAGUGCAAAUUUUAUUCCUAAGUUAUAUACAAUGAUGUGUAAUAAGCAUUUAAUAAAGUGUACUGUAUGCUGCAUAAUAUAUUUUCAGUGUACCUUUAUCUUACACAAGUAAGGAGUUCAGACAUUUUAAUUUAAUCUUCAAAAGAUAAUAAACCAUGGAAAAAAUAUGCUGUACAUCUAUUGUAUAGUAUUAUGCACAGUUUCAAAAGAAUGGCAGAAUAAUAAAUAUUGUAUUUUUCUGUCAACAUGCUGCAUAUUUAAUUAAUGAUCAGUUCAAAUCAUUUAUGCAGAUUUGUGUUCGUAUGGUCCAGAAUGCCUUGGGAAAGCAAUAUUAGACAUGUUAGUAUUGUUGUAUUCCCUCUGGCCAUAUCUUGUCCUAGUGUGAUGCAUAUAUUGUAACUAAUAAACUAUUAAUUUAUUUUCCAUCUAAUUUGUUGACUGCACAGGUAUUGAAUUAAUGUAUAUGGAAGCAUGACUAUUUCACUUUAAUAAAAUAUCCUGUGUCUUUUUUAAGAAUUUUUUUAUAAAUACAGAGGUAGAAAAAAUGGGGAUAUAAAAACACCUGUAAAAGAAAUCAAACUUGUAUAUCAUUUUAAAGUGGAUGCUUUUACUGUAAAUAAUAUAGUUUAAAUUUUUUUUAAUCAGAAAAGUUAUAUAGUAAACUCCAAAAUAAUUUAAAGAUCUUCAUAAAGAAAUUCAAUUCAAAAUAUUUAAGAAAGAAAAGUGUGUAAUUAGGCCUACAGGAUUCCCAUAUAUUUAUUUGUCAGCUGUUAAUAAAUAAAAUUUGAUAGUAUAUUUAUUUGCAGCCUACUGAAGUUUUGAUGAAUAUUUAGUUAUAACACUGAAAAUUAAAAGGCAAAUAAAUGUCAGUUUAACACUUCAACAAAUCUAUUUAAUUGAUGACAGUCGAGUUCAUUGAAAUAUUUUAACAUUUUUAUUUGUUGCUGCAAUUAUGAAAAUGCUGCAAAAAUCAAUUAUACAAUUAUAAUUUAUAAAAAGUUUAUAAAUCAGGAAGUUAAAUUUGAUAGAAGUUUGAAAGUAUAUUUGUUAAAUUAAUGCAUUGAGCAUACAUAAUUUGGCACAUGUGCUGAAUAGUGAGGCAUUAAAUAUUGUUAAGAGGAAAUUGAAUGUCUAUGUUUUGACUUUCCCAAAAAUUAUAGUAUUUUUAAACUAAAAUUACUGAUCUGUCAGAAUAAUAGGUUUAACUCCUUGUAAAAAUAUAUUAAUCAUCAGUAAAUAUAUUAAUCAUGUUGAAUCUGAUUAGUUUAAAUUUAUAGUUUAAAUUAAAACUAUAAAACAAGGAUUCUUUGUAAAGCGAAUGACAUUAAUAACAAUAUUUUAUUGCUCUUCUUAAGCUAGGGAAAGGGGGGGAAUAUGACUAUGAUGAAUGUUUAGUGAAAAGCAAUGUUCUAUUGAACAAUACAGAAUUUCUUAUUAGUAAAAAAUAUGGCUUUCCGUCUAAAUUCCUUUAUUUUUCAAGCAGCAUGUGUACAUCUUUCUUUUAUAAGGACAAAAGUUCUUUCAUGUAGGUAUGUCACAUUUAGCUUAUUUUAAGCCACAAAUAUUAAUGUUUUCUCAGUUUGACCAUUUCUGAAUUUUUUAAACAUCUCAUGCAUAAACAUUUGUGUCAGUUCUGUAAUUUGUAACUACCAACUCUUCUUUUUCAUUUAUUUAGGAGGUAAAAAAAAAGGAGAAAAAGCUAAUAUCUAUAUUCAGAAUAGAAAAUAACUUAAUGGGUACAAAAUAUUCAUUUGGAACCAUUAUUAUUAAUCCGUGUAUUCUUAUUUCAAAAUUAUUUAUAAAUUGUUACUAGGUAAUGCAGUAUCUGUUAUUAAUGCUGUUGCAAAGAAAAGCUAAAUGUUUCACUCUAGCUGUGACCAUAGAUAUAUAUAUAUAUACUUAACUUGAUAAAAAUUCCGUACUUUAACAAAGAAAGUGUAAUCUUUUCAUACUAGAAUAUAAAAAGUGAGAAUAGUAUUAAAAAAGAUAUGCCUAUUAUAUUUAUGUCAAUUAUAUGAAAAGGUAUUAAAUAACACUUAUUUAAUUUUUGUGUUAAAUUUAUUUAACUUUCAAUUCAGAUUUUAGAUAAUCAGUAGUUAUUUGACACUUGUUUAAUGUAUAACUUGUAUGAAAUAGUGUUUAAUAAUUUUUCUUUAUUAUUUUCUAAAGUGCUCUGCAUUUAUGUGAAUUACAUUAACUCAUAUAUAUAUAUUGUAUAUUAUCUGGUAAGUCCGGAAUUAUUUGAAAUAUAUUUAUAUUAACUUCAGUAUUCAGGGAGUAUUUAGGAUGACUUUGGUGCUAUUUUUGAAUUCAUACAUUUUUUAAAGAUCAAAUGUGUAGCUAAAUUCUAACUUUUAUGCAAUAUUUAAUUUUAAAUUCUGAUGCUAUAUAUGUUCAAAAGAAUUAACCUUUGUACAAGAAAUUAAAGAUAUAUGACUGAUAAAAAAAGAAAAUUAAGAUGUAUAAUUGAAAUUUAUGAAGAUUUUCUGCAUUUAAAUUGUGUAAAAAAUAGAAACCUGGAUGAAUUUUUGCUAUUAAAAUUAUAUUUUUGAACUUAAAUAUUGCUGCCAAAUAAAUCAUUCCUAUUAUAACUUUAAAAAUUGAUUUUUAUUUAUUUACUUCAUGAGUUUUUAUAAAUAAUUUUAUCUUGAAAGAGAGUUACUUAAUGAAAAAUGCUUUUGAUUUCAUUUCUGUUAUGUGAUAUAAUAUACCAGAAACAAUAAAUGCCAGUUUUUGUACUACUUAUUAAACAUACUUAGACAGUAGUUAUAACAUGUGGUCUGUUUAACUGUCUAGUAAUUAAUGUAUAUUUGAGGGAGCUGUGUAUAAAAAUGGCAUUUUUUAGUUAGACUAUUUUAAAUAUCUUUCUGAAAAAGUGGAUUAUUUCAGUAUAUUUUCUCAUGUACUAUUUGAUCUUUUAAACAAGGAUGCAGUCACAUUUAUUUUCAUGAGCAAGAACAUGACAAAUUUCUUUGAUAAAUAGUUGUUUACUAAUGUACUGGAGCAGAUUUUCCUUUCAAAGUUAUUUUAUUACUUGUAAUACUUAUAAUUUGUGGAUACAAUUCUUAAUUAAUUAUGUUUAAAAUUGUGUGCAGUUUUAAGGAAAUUGCUGAGAUUUUCAUUUAAGUUUCAUUUUAAUUAUGUUGCAGGAAUAUUCAAUGAAAAAAAUCUUAAUUUUUAUAUAUUAAUUUAGCAAUAAUUGUUAACAUGUUAAAAGAAUAUAUGUUAUAUUGGUACUAAAAUACUUUACAUGUUCAUUUUAACAUUUUCUAUCAGUUAAAAUUUUAAUAUAUCCCCUGUAUAAGUUUUUUUUUUUUUUUUUUUAAGUUUGUUUUAUGUACAUACAUGCUUUUUUAUUUCAUCAAUAUCUGGAAUUAAAAAAAUAUCAUGUUUGUGACCUUUGCUGCUUAUGUUUUUGCUGGAUGAAAUAUGUUAGUGUUUGUUAUGUGGUGCAAUGUUGUUGAGUGCUUAGUGAAGUCUUGUAAUUUUGUUUAUAGAUAUAUUUAUAUACUUCAAAGAAUUUUUCAUAUUUUGUGAUAUGUGUAAAGAUGGUGAUUAGUUUGUUGAAAACUUAUUGUGCAACUAUGAAGAGUUUAUCAAUUGUUACAGUAUUAUAGAACUGUGUUCUUCUUGAAUUAAUUUCUUAUGUAGUUUUGCAAAAGACUUAUUACUUCUUUUAUGACAGCUAGUUGUUACUGUUGAUAUAUAAUUUAGAAGAAAUGCCAAAAUUUAAUUAGAAACACUUUACAUGGUUAGUAUAUUGAAAUGUUAUCAAUAAAUUCAAAUGCUAAUUAAUAAAAUCAUUCAAAGUGGAUGCUGUGGAUGAAAUGAAAAUACUUAUCUCAAAAAAAAAAAAAAAAAAAAAAAAGAUAGGAGGUACGAAUCCA